AUGCCCUACUUCCCCUUAAACUCUGACCCCAGGAGGUCUGACUCCUCUCCACUGUGGCGCCAGGAGCGGAUCAUGAACAGACAUCUGACGGUUCUGCAUGUGUUAACCGCCCACUGCGGACACUACAAGGUCGCCAAGGUCAUUGUGGACAAGAAGGCCAAUCCCAACGCUAAAGCACUGAAUGGUUUCACUCCGCUCCACAUCGCCUGCAAGAAGAACAGAAUCAAAGUGAUGGAACUGCUGCUGAAACACGGAGCAUCCAUACAGGCAGUGACCGAGUCGGGUCUCACUCCGAUCCAUGUGGCGGCUUUCAUGGGACACGAUAACAUCGUCACUCAGCUGACGAAUCAUGGAGCUUCGCCAAACACAACUAAUGUGAGGGGAGAGACGGCGCUCCACAUGGCAGCGAGGGCCGGCCAGGCUGGCGUGGUCAAAUACCUGGUUCAGAGCGGAGCCAGAGUGGAGGUCAAGGCCAAGGACAACCAGACCCCGCUCCACAUCUCCAGUCGUCUGGGGAAGCCUGACAUCGUGCUGUAUCUGCUGCAGAAUGGGGCGUGUCCUGACGCCACUACCACCUCUGGCUACACCCCCCUACACCUGGCUGCCAAAGAGGGACACAGAGACGUCUCCUCAGUCCUCCUUGAUCAGGGGGCUUCUCCAGACAUCACUACCAAG